UCUUGAAUCCCUCUACACAUGUGAUCAAAACAGUGAGCAGGAGCAAUGUAUUGAAGUAUAACCUAUUUGUUGUCUAUAAAUUUAAAUUUAAACUAUAUUUUAAAUAAACAAGCAACAAAUAAAUAUAUCAACAAUGAUUCCUACAAGAAUGUUACUGAGACGUAUGUCGAAUAAUGUGCGACACCAAUCAAUAUUAUCUCAGAGAGCCGAAGUACAACAAGAAGAGCCGAUCCGAAUAAUUCGCACCACUGAAGAUAAUCCCCAGAAACAUAAUCGCGACCACUUGAAUCGCUUUUACACGGUACCUAAAAAUGCUGUGAGUCAAGUAAUGCCUCGGACAUCAAUGCCAAGACGUCUUCAUAUUCAAAUAAAAACAUUUAGGGAGGCAUGUAUUAUGGUACGGGAGCCGGCUAUUGAGCUGAUAUCAUACCUUGAGCAGACGGAUUACUCCAAGCCUCCAAAUAAAUAUGUGCUGUACGGACCGGUGGGAAGCGGUAAAACAUUGACGUUGAUGCAUCUAUUACACUAUGGAUAUGUUACUCAGAAGAUUUUGGUCCAUAUACCCUGGAUCCCAGAUUGGUUUAGAAAACGAGGACCGUCAAAUCCGUGUCAACGAGUUGAAGGGUUGUUUGAUUUACCAGUCGCUGGAGCUCAAUGGCUAGUACGUUUCAAGUCCCAAAAUAACCACUUGCUGAGUAAACUUGAUAUCCGACUAUCAAAAAAUUACGUCUGGAACACGAGAGAGCAAAAUUCAGCAGGAACGCCACUGCAAGACAUGAUAGAUUUUGGAAUAGGACGUGGCAAAUAUACAUGCGAUGUGAUCGAUGCGCUACUCAAAGAGCUUAAAAUAGCAAGUACUUCCGGACAUUGUAAUACUCUAGUUCUUCUUGACGGCGUCAAUGCAUUUUUUGGUGAAGACACUCGGGUAAAAGACUCCACCUUCAAACCUCUCUAUGCACAGCGCGUGUCUUUGACUCAAUCAUUCUUGGAUUUCAUAAAAUACGAUUGGUGCAAUGGUGCGAUUAUUGCAACAGUUGAUUCACUAGCAGUUAAGGGCGAGAAUCAGUUUGAUUCAACAUACCCUCGGUUUCUUCUCGGCAAACUAGGUUUCGAGCAUCUGGACCCAUUCUUACCAAUCGAAGUCCCUAAUUACUCAGAAGAUGAGUUCGAUGCUGCUAUCGAAUAUUUGAAAGACAGAAUAUGGAUUAGAAACUUAACAGAAGCUGGCAAACGUGAAUUGGAACUAUUGUCCAACAGAAAUCCUUACAAACUUAUGAGACUUACAGCGUCUAUAUAAAUUAUAAUUAUUAAUUUUAGUUAGUUUUUAAACUUACUGUUUUAUAAUCAAUUUAUUAUUCAUAAUAUUAAAUUGCUGAAAAAUAAAUUUGUCUAUAGCAAAAAAAUGAUUA